AGUAGCUACAAAUCUUAUCGCUGUACCGAAACCGAACCGACUAAAGGUUCGAUUAAAUCAAAAUAACUCUGCUACGUUACAGUACACUUCGGGCGUUGGUUUUGAACUGAGGUGGUGUUUUUUACAGCUUCUGCAGUACAGAAGAGUUCGUAAGGGAACCAGUGAAAUGGAUUACAACAUUUCCAAAAGUGAUAGUUUUUUGCAGCAAAAAUGGGACUCUUUCCUGGAUGUGGUCGGUGAUGAUCCGGAACUGCUCUACGUAUGGUACCAGACGCUGUACGUUCACUCAUUUUACUGGCUGAUGGGUUCACUUUACAUAAUGAUGGACAUCACCGGUCGCCCCAGGUUCCUUCGAAAGUAUAAAACACAACCGGGAAUGAACGAGCCCCUCAUCUGGUGUGAUUUAAAUAAGAUUAUAAAAGCAGCUCUUGUCAAUCAAGUCCUGAUAGGCCUUCCGCUAUCGUACAUCCUCUUCCACUUGUUUGCCCAAAACGCAUAUCCAAACGUUCGAAUUUUACCCUCCCCGUUCGAAGUCCUACGCGACUUUCUCAUUAGCGUCGUCUUCUGGGAGGUUGGCUUCUACUACAGUCACCGAUUGCUGCACCACCGGUACCUGUACCGGAUCGUUCACAAACAGCAUCACGAGUUCACUGCUCCGGUCGCGUGGGCCGCUUUGUACGCCCAUCCGAUCGAGCACAUUUUUAGCAAUAUGAUUCCCCCGCUACUGGGCAUCGGCCUCAUGAGGAGCCACUUUGUAACGACUCUAGUUUGGUUCACGUACGUGAUGCAUGACACCUUGGCGACCCAUUCGGGAUACCAUCUACCGGUGCUGGGCAGCUCCGAGAGACACGAUUAUCAUCACCUCAAAUUCAACCAAUGCUUCGGCGGAUGGGGUCUGAUCGAUUGGCUGCACGGUACCGACGCGCAGUAUCGUAAAUCCAAGAACUAUCAUCGUGAUCAACGGCUUUGGUGCUUGAAAUCCGCGCGGGAACUGGUCCCCGAUAAGUAGUUGGCAGCGCGAGAGUGAAAGGACUUUGUGUUGUGUAAGUGGGACACAGCAAAGCUCUGUCAACUCGGUAAAUUUAAUUUGGAUCAGCUCCACCACCUCUUCGUUCUUGGCGUAUAAUAGUGCCAUGUUUUAGUAACAUUGUUUAUAGUUGUAGCACAAUAAAGUUCAAUCGGAUCGCA